AUGCUGGGCCAGGUGUGGGAUAGCUUUGCAAAGGCGCCGAACGAGCGGCGGUAUAUCCAGCGGCUGGAUCGGUAUAUACUGGUGUAUGCGCUGCUGAGCUAUGGGUUGAAGAGUCUGGAUGUUAGUAAUGUGAGCAGUGCGUUUGUGAGCGGGAUGCAAGAGGAUCUGGGAUUAUAUGGGCAAGAAAGGAAUUUGUUUGAUACAUUUUUCAACGUCGGGUAUCUGAUAGGAUCGACGCCGUCGCAGGUGAUUAUCAACCGGAUCCGGCCGUCGUUGUGGAUUCCGGCAUGCGAGCUGGUGUGGAGUUCGCUGGUUGUGUUUAUUUCCGCAGCGCAGUCCGCGCGGACGAUAUACGUGAUCCGGUUCUUCCUCGGUCUGUUUGAGAGCUCGUCGUAUCCCGGGUUUGCGUAUAUCCUGGGAAGUUGGUACGGCCCCGACGAGCUGGCGAAGCGGAUGGGGGUGUACGACUGCGCGGGGUACAUCGCCAAGAUGUUUGCCGGGUAUAUCCAGGCCGGGGUGUAUUUCCUGCUGGACGGGGUGGGAGGGGUUGCCGGGUGGCGGUGGAUGUUUGUGAUUGAUGGGUUGAUUGGGAUUCCGGUUGCGCUGUGGGGGUUCUACAGUAUCCCUGAUUUCCCAAACAACACGCGGGCGCGGUGGUUGAGUGCGCGGGAGCGGGAGAUCAGUGUUGUGCGGGUGAAGUUGCAGGGGAAGGUGGAGCCGCGGAAGUUGACGGUGAAGCGGUUUGUGGACAUGUUUUUCCGGUCGUGGCGGCCGUGGCCGUUUCUGGUAUCGUACACGAUGCUGUGGAUCUCGGGCACGUCGAGCUACUUUAAUCUGUGGUUGAAGAGUCUGGGGAUAUACAGUGUGGAGGAGUUGAACAUCGUGCCGACGUUCGGGUACGGACUCGGGUUUUUGUCUGGGUUUUUGUUUGCGAAUCUGUCGGACCGGACGCGGGCGCGGUGGCCGUGGUUGUUUCUGGCGACGGGGUUCAGGCUGACGGGCUCGGUCUUGCUCGCGAUCUGGGAUCUUCCGCGGCAGGUGAUUUUCUUUGCAAACAUGUGCAGCUAUAUCGGGGAGCCGGUGUGGUCGCUGCUGAUUACGUGGGCGUCGGAGGAGUUUAGGGAUGAUGCGGAGCUGCGGGGGUUGCUGUGCGCGGUGGGGAAUACGAUUGGGGCCGGGUUUUCGCUGUGGUUGCCGCUGGUGCUGUUUCCGACGUACGAGGCGCCGCAUUAUAGGAUAGGGUAUAAGAUGACUACGGCGUUUGAUGUGGUUGAUGUGUGUGCGUUGUUUGCGUUUCUGUGGUUUGCGAAGCGGGAGAGGAGGAGGGGUGUGCAGAGGUAUGGGGGGGUGGAGGGAGAGAUGGAGGGAGAGAUGGAGAUGGAGAUGGAGUUGAUGAUGGCGAAGAGGGAGGGUGAUUAG